CGAAGAGAAGCCAUUCGUACAUCCAUUUUCAUUUCUGAAUCACCUCUUGAAUUAUUCAGACGAAAUAAAUUAAAAUUCAACCAGGUAUCGACGAGUUGGAACUUUUGCUAAUAAAAAAAUCAGUGUUCCGUGUACCUACUAUUAUCUUAACGAUUUAAAUUGAUCAUUUAAUUGAAAUUAUCAACGAGAAUGCCUACCAUCCGUUUACAAUCCUCCGAUGGCGAAGUUUUCGACACAGACGAGCAGAUAGCAAAGUGCUCAGGCACGAUCAAGACCAUGCUCGAAGAUUGUGGCAUGGAUGAGGGCGAAGACGCAGUUGUACCGUUGCCGAACGUGAAUUCAGCAAUUUUGCGAAAAGUUUUGCAAUGGGCAAACUAUCACAAAGACGAUCCAGUACCGCAAGAAGAUGACGAAAAUAAGGAAAAACGAACCGAUGACAUUUCGUCGUGGGAUGCAGACUUCCUGAAAGUGGACCAGGGCACACUGUUCGAAUUGAUUUUGGCAGCGAAUUACUUGGACACAAAGGGACUGUUGGACGUUACUUGCAAAACUGUUGCUAACAUGAUCAAGGGCAAGACACCAGAAGAGAUCCGUAAGACGUUCAACAUUAAGAACGAUUUUUCGGCAGCUGAAGAGGAACAGGUUCGUAAAGAGAACGAAUGGUGCGAGGAGAAGUAAAGAUAUUAACGUAAUGUGUAAAUAAUUCUCGAACUUAUUCAGUUUUUUUUCUUCUCUCCUGUUCAUUAACGAUAGCCACAAAGAAAAGCUUACACCGAAAAAGUAAUGUUGUAUAAGAGUGGC